UGGUUUGUCCCCUGCGCGUGACAAGCAUUUUGUGGAUCUGGGUGUGUCAAACCAGGACGUGCCAGGAGGAGGGUCUGGUGUCCUAGCAGCUCACUGCUGACUUACCCUGAAGUCUCUCUCUGUGAAUUACUAAGGUAGAUAUCCUCUGGCAUUUUUUUUUUUUUGUGACACAUUAAAAACAAACAAGGAAAAACCCUCAGCACAUUGUAGGAGUUUGCAUAUAGUCAUCUGGAAGAUAGAGCUUAAUUUUCCCUAAUUUGUCAAGGGGUGAUUUUGGAUUCUUAGUCUGCUGUCUUGUGCAUUAAUAUCCCUUCAGAACUUGAUGUCCUGUUUAGUUGAAUCAUCGAGUCUUGACUGUCUUUCUAUUAGAAGUGUUGAUCAGUAGGACAUCGCCCUUCCGAAUGUCACUCUUCCUCUAUACCACUUACCCCAAGAAUUUAACUCCAAGGGUUUAGUUGCUGAAAUCUGUAUGAAUUUCUCCCUGCCUGGUGACCGUUUCUUCUAAGUGUCUUGAAGACCCUGGUGGCAGGAGAUGGGUUUCAAAAGUGGCCGUGGUGAGAGGAGCAGAGGCCUGCUUUUCUCCUCUGAUGCAUUUACCAUAUGUUGCCUUGGCCAGGCUCUGGGCUGGUUAGGAAGAUAGGGAAUCACUCUGGAGCUUCACCUAGUGGUGCUCACUAUGAGAGGCAGACGUGAAACAACUUAAUACACUCUUAAUUCAGAGCAGUCCUUGCUAGCUAGGCCUUAUCAGUGUGUCUUGGAGAAGCCCACAUUGGACAAGUUGUAAGGUCAGAGUGAUGAGUAAGUGGGAUCUUGCAGGGGAAGUAAGACCUGCCAGAGAAACGUGAGAAGGGCCACAUUUCCCUUUCCAGCGUGCAGUAGACACUGAACAAGGGAGGCACACGGUCCAAAGUCCUUUUACUUUCUGAGAAUGGGCAGAUCCUGUCAGAAGCAGAUGGACUGAGCACAAACCACUGGCUGAUUGGCACAGACAAGUGUGUGGAGAGGAUCAACGAGAUGGUGAACUUGGCCAAACAGAAGGCUGGAGUGGAUCCUCUGGUACCCCUUCGAAGCCUGGGCCUGUCCCUGAGUGGUGGGGAGCAGGAGGAUGCAGUGAGGCUCCUGAUAGAGGAGUUGAGGGACCGGUUUCCCUACCUGAGUGAAAGUUACGUAAUCACCACUGAUGCAGCGGGUUCCAUCGCCACAGCUACACGGGAUGGUGGAAUCGUGCUCAUCGCGGGAACAGGCUCCAACUGUAGGCUUAUCAAUCCCGAUGGCUCUGAGAGUGGCUGCGGUGGCUGGGGUCAUAUGAUGGGAGACGAGGGCUCAGCCUACUGGAUUGCACACCAAGCUGUGAAAAUCGUGUUUGACUCCAUUGACAACCUGGAGGCAGCUCCUCAUGAUAUUGGCUAUGUCAAGCAGGCCAUGUUCAAGUAUUUCCAGGUACCAGAUCGGCUAGGAAUCCUCACCCAUUUGUAUAGGGAUUUUGAUAAAUCCAGGUUUGCUGGGUUUUGCCAGAAAAUUGCAGAAGGUGCACAGCAGGGGGAUCCCCUUUCCCGGUACAUCUUCAGGAAGGCUGGGGAGAUGCUGGGCAGACACAUCGUGGCAGUUUUGCCAGAGAUUGACCCGGUCUUGUUCCAAGGGGAGCUUGGCCUCCCCAUUGUGUGUGUGGGCUCAGUGUGGAAGAGCUGGGAGCUGCUGAAGGAAGGCUUUCUCCUGGCACUGACCCAGGGCCGAGAGCUGCAGGCUCAGAACUCCUUCUCCAGCUUCACCCUGAUGAAGCUACGAUACUCUUCUGCACUGGGGGGUGCCAGCCUGGGAGCCAGGCACAUUGGAUACCACCUUCCCAUGGACUACAGUAUCAAUGCCUUUGCCUUCUAUUCCCAUACCUUCUAGGGGCUGUACCCCCUCCCCCAUCCAGCGGACACUGAAUGUUAGAAGGGAGAUAUUUUCUUUGUUAAAAACACAUGGAAGCAAAUAAAUGCACUUUACCCCCUC